CUACUUCCGCUUUACUUAACCGGACGAUUUCGUCUUGACAAGGGGUGCCUCUUUUCUCUUUAGAAGUUACGAUUACAACAUUGUGAUAUUGGUGAUACAAUGGCAUCACCUAACUCAUAUAAACUAAGCUGCUCCAUACCUGGCCAUGAAAUGGAUGUUAGAGGUCUUGCAGUUGCUUUUUUCCCUGACGGAGCCUUUACGUCUGUUUCCAGAGACCGAACCGGAAGGGUCUGGGUACCAAACUCAAGCCCAGACAGGGGUUUCACAGAAAUGCAUUGUAUGACAGGCCAUGAGAACUUCGUAUCCUGUGUAUGCAUAAUCGCUCCCAGCGACACAUAUCCUCGGGGACUCAUAGCCACAGGUGGAAACGACCACAACAUCUGUGUUUUCACACUGGACCAACCACAACCAUUGUUCACACUCAAGGGACACAAAAACACAGUGUGUGCACUGUCCUCUGGGAAGUUUGGAACACUACUGAGUGGCUCUUGGGACACCACAGCAAAAGUCUGGCUCAACGAGAAGUGCAUGAUGACCUUACAGGGACACACAGCAGCAGUUUGGGCGGUGGUCAUAUUACCUGAACAAGGCCUCAUGCUGUCUGGAUCAGCUGACAAGACCAUCAAGCUGUGGAAGGCUGGACGUUGUGAGAAGACGUUUACAGGUCAUGAGGACUGUGUCAGGGGGCUAGCGGUGGUCAGCGACCUGGAAUUCUUGUCCUGUAGCAACGACGCCACUAUCAGGAGAUGGCUGGUGACUGGAGAAUGUGUGCAAGUGUACUACAGCCAUACCAACUACAUCUACAGCCUGGCCGUUUUCCCCAAUGGACAAGAUUUCGUAAGCACAGGAGAGGACCAGACCUUGAGGAUAUGGAAGCAGGGCGACUGCCAACAGACCAUCCGUCUCCCAGCCCAGUCCGUGUGGUGCUGUUGCAUCCUGCCUAACGGGGAUAUAGCUGUGGGCGCCAGUGACGGCCUCAUCCGAGUGUUCACUGAGGUGGAAGAUCGUAUGGCUAGUCCCCAGGACCUCCAGGCCUUCGAGGAUGAGCUCUCCAAGACCACCAUCGACCCCAAGACAGGGGACCUGGGGGACAUCAAGAUGGAGGAUCUUCCAGGAAGGGAGCACCUCGAGGAGCCUGGGAACCGGGACGGCCAGACACGGCUUAUCAAAGAGGGCCAGAACGUGGAGGCCUACCAGUGGAGCGUGGCUGACAGCCGCUGGAUGAAGAUUGGAGAUGUGGUGGGAGGGUCCAACCAGCAGACCUCCAAGAAAGUCAACUAUGAGGGGAAGGAGUACGACUUUGUCUUCACCAUCGACAUCAACGAGGGUGGCCCGUCCAUGAAGCUGCCCUACAACGUGACAGACGACCCCUGGCUGACAGCCCACAACUUCCUGCAGAAGAACGAGCUCAGCCCCAUGUUCCUGGACCAGGUGGCCAACUUCAUCAUCGAAAACACCAAAGGACACACCUUGGGAGCCGCCGCGCCCAGCGCUGCUGACCCAUUCACUGGCUCAGGCCGAUACAUUCCUGGAGCUGCUGACAACAGAGCAGGCUUUGGGGCUGACCCCUUCACAGGCACUGGGCGGUACAUCCCAGGAUCGGGGACUCCUACAGGGGCUCCGGUGGGCGUGGCAGACCCCUUCACAGGUGAGGGUGCCUACUCCUCGGCUGCCUCGAGGCAGACCUCCACAAACAUCUACUUUCCAAAAACGGACGGUGUGACCUUCGAGCAGGCUAACGCCACACAGAUAAUGGCCAAGCUGAAGGAGCUGAAUGGUGGGGCCCCUGGGGAAUACAGGCUGUCUGAGGAGGUCCUGGACAGCCUGGAGAAACUGCUGGUGUCUGUCUGUAACCCCUGCGCCACAGAGCAGCCCACCACAGAGCAGAUCAGCCUGCUCUGGAAGACCUCCCACUGGCCAGAAGACAUAGUCUUCCCUGUCCUGGACAUCCUGCGGCUGGCAGUGCGCCACCCGCAGGUCAACGACAGCCUGUGCGGUGGCGACGCGGAUGAUGGCGUGGCGCUCUGCAACCACCUGCUGAGCCUGAUGAAGCCUCAGGGUCGGCCAGCCAAUCAGAUGCUGGCAUUGCGGACACUGUGCAACUGCUUCAGUGGCUGGCGAGGCCGGGCCCUCCUAUUGGCCCAACGGGAGGCUGUCCUGUCCCACGCCGCCGACCUCUGCUCUGUUUGCAACAAGAACAUUCACAUCGCCCUCGCGACUCUCGUUCUCAACUACGCUGGCUCACUCCACGGCCAGCCCGACCUGGAGGCCAAGGCCCAGUGCCUGUCGGUGGCCAGCGCGGCACUGGAGUCGGUGCAGGACAAGGAGGCAGUGUUCAGGCUCCUGGUGGCUCUGGGGACCACAGUGGCCUCUGACCAGACAGCCCAGGACCUGGCCAAGUCACUGGGGGUCAUGUCACAGAUCGCCAAGUACACCUCGGUCACCGACCCGGCCAAGGUCGGCGAGUGCUGCCAGCUGGUUUUAAAAGAACUGCAGUGAUCUGAUUUCCUGUGACUUAAAACACACGGGUUUCCCCUUUUCCUCUCCUUAUAUUAUUACUAGUCUCUGUUCAAGUGUUUAAUUGACUUUUGAGACUAUUGGAUUGCAUGUGCUGCAAUAAACAUAUGUACAAAUUGGAUCUUU